AUGGGUCGGAAAGGCCGUAGUAAAAAGGAUGCGGCGGAAGACCGCGAUCCUGGAAUGUGCAAAGCAGACCUCUUGCUGGCAUACCAACUCAUGGAUACAACCACUCCAUUCCCUUCGGCCUCUGUAGCUGCGAGGCAACCUCUGGCUUGGAAGGUUUGCUGCGCGUUGGCCCAAGCAGCUUCCUUGCAUCCUGGGUGCAUGUUUGUGCACAUGUUGUGCUUGGUGGCUCUGACUCUCAACGCGGUGCAGGUGAAAUACUCUGGCUUGCUGGGAAAAUUCUGCAAUUUGAUGGUCUUGCAACAUGGUCUGCCGGGGGACGGCAAGAGCAUAGCGCUGUGGCUAGAUCUUCACAUCCUGAGAGACAAGCGUGCACAGGCGAAGUACAAGGCAGAAUAUGAAGUGUGGCGGAGAUCUGGCUCAGGGCCAGUAGAAGAACCGACAAAGCCUCCACCUCAAGAUAGCAUUGUGAAUCGCAUGACUUGGGUGGGUUUGGGCCAACACAUGCACCAACAAGAUGGCUGCGCCAUCUUAGCUCUGCACAAAGGACGUACGUUCCUCCAGCACACAUUCGAAGGAUCUGUGGGUGGCGGCAUCGAAGAAUUGAACCAGCUAAGCGAUCAUGACUGCUAUAAGAAUACCAUUUCUUCACAAAGUGGCAGAUACUGGGUUAAAAAUCCGCAUCUCAUUGCAUUGGUGAUGAUGCACUGUGAAGAAAUAGUGCAGCAAGCUUCCCAAGAAGAUUCUGUGGCUGGCCUGUCCCGUUUUCUGCUGGCCAAAUUCCCGUGUCGUGUGCUGAAGAAUCGCGACCCGCAGUCCGCAGAGCAAGCGCAGAAUGAGCUGGAUGAGUGUUUCAAUUCUUUGGGCUAUGAUCAGGUGGUGUCAGCUAUGGCACACGUGCUGACAAUCAGCAAGUUGCUCUUCCCGCACAAUGAAGCACGCGAUGAUGAUGCAGAGCACCGCUGCUUCUCACAUGUGAGUGGCUUACACACCAUGUCAGUCGCUGCGUCAGUGAAACAGCAGUUCAUCAACACUUUUAACAAGUACGUUGACAAGGUGCGCGCUGACCAGAAAGUGUUGGGUGGUCAGAGCAGCCGGCUGAACAAGGAGAAGACCAGAGCCUUGCAGUUCAUCGCUCCAUUAGAUGUCUUUGAAAAGGUGAUCGCUUGGCUUUUGCAGAAGGAUGGGCACAGGCUGACAGAGGGGCAGGACACUGAGCUCAGCGGCGAAGAGAUCAUCCGGUCUCUGGCGCAUGUGAGAAGCUCAGUGCAUAUUGAAUGUGACGUGACUGGAAAGUUCACAGCAGGAUGCUCUCAGAAUGUGAGGGUGAACAUAGAGCAAGCUGCCACUGUUUUCAAGCCCUCACAGAUCCAUCCUUCCGCGACGACGGAAGCUGUGGAGACAGCAGUGGAGCUUGGCAAGUGGUUCCACGCGAGUUUCCAGAACACUGUUGGGGCUCGUGCGUUGGUGAGCGAGUUCAAGACUGAGCGCAGCAACAUGAUUCUCUUACCUCGUCCUUGCGUGAAAGAAGCUGCCGGCCUCAUUUCGCAUGAGACGCGUGCGCAUGUGAAUAUUGCAGCUGCAUUGGAGUGUCUUUCUUUGAAGACAUGGACCUUGAAGGCUUUCGCCUUGAAUGCAGAGCACACCGCGGCACAAGUGCGGGCCAGACUUCUAGACCUUUUGAUUUUAGCGAUGAUGGGUUUCGUCGUCAUGGGCUGCGGCCGCUACGCUCUAGUUGGGUAUGCCGAGGAUGACGAGGAUUUUGUCAUUUGCUGCAACAGGCUCACCAGUUGGGAUGCUGAAGCUGAUCUUGCUGCUGUCCGGUCUUGGGUACCAACCAGUGGAGCAGAGAAGCCGAAGCUGGACCAGGAUGCAUGUGAUGAUGCCAUAUCGUGCAUCCACCGUCUUCUGCGGGGGGAAGCUGCAAAUGUGGAUGGAUGUCGAGAUGUGUUCAUGGUGGAUCCUCUCGUGCCUACGCAAGCGUGUCCGGCGCCAGAGACGGCAGUUCCCUUGACGCAGGAGGCUGUGGACGAUCAGGCCCCACCAGCAAAGAGGUUGCGGCGAGAGAAAGACUUGCGUCGCAAUGACUUCUCCAGCAAUGUGCCUUUGGCAAAGAACAUACUUCUGUACUGA